AUGUCUGAUGAUGAAGAAGUUUUGGUGAAAAAGAGCAAACAGAUACAUUAUGGGUCCCUGGAGGAGCAGGAGAAGGCCCGGCUUGCAGCACUCGCUGCAGCUGCCAAGGAAGGCGUUGAAGAUACAAACGGGAAAGAGCUCGGUGAUAUACAGAUAUCCAAUGAAUACAUGGAGCUUGAAGAGGAGAUGUCGAAAGACAAGAAAGCAUUGCUUGAAGAGUUUGAGAGGAGAAGGAAGGCUCGCCAACUCAAUGUGUCCACAGAUGAUGAUGAGGUACGGAGAAGUUUGCGUCAGCUCGGGGAGCCAGUGUGUCUGUUUGGCGAGGGCCCAGCCGAGAGGAGGGUGAGACUGAGGGACCUGCUCAGCUACCUUGGUGAAGACGCCAUCCACAAGAAGCUUGAAGAGGAGGAGGCGAGGAUAGAGAGGGACAGGGGACGGGAGGGCACCUGGUACCACGAGGGUCCACCGCAACUGCGAGAGGCCAGGCUGUGGAUUGCCAGAUACUCUCUGCCCAGGGCAAAGCUGAGGUUGAUGAGGGCUCGCGAGGACCUGAAGCUGGCGGGGAGCGUCCGCGCCGCCGCCCGCCAGGAGUCGCAGCGGCGCGCCUCCGCCGCCUCCAUUUACUGCAGCCAGAUCGGAGACACUAGGCCCAUCAGUUUCUGCCGCUUCAGCGGCGACAGCCAAAUGCUCAUCACGUCAAGCUGGUCGGGGCUGGUGAAGGUGUGGUCGGUGCCCGAGUGCCGGCUGCUGCAGACCCUCAGGGGGCACACGUGCAACGUCAGCGGCGCCGUCUUCCGCCCCGGGGCCACGCUGCCGCCCCACUUUCGGGAGAAGAUCAGUCAAGCGGAUGAUAGAAUGGAGGGGGAGAAGGCGGAACUUGAGAAUGGGGGGAUGGAGACUGAAGGGGGCGGCGAGGGAGCGUCUGAGGAGUGCACAAUGGCGUCUUGCGCUUACGACGGCAGCGUUCAUCUGUGGAAUUUCUCAAGCGAGAAUCCGCUGGCUUCCCUGCAGGGGCACUCGCCCUCCCGUGUAGCCCGCGUGGAGUUCCACCCGUCGGGCCGCUUCCUCGCCACCACGGUCUUCGACCACUCCUGGAGGCUCUGGGACCUGGAGACGACCACGGAGGUGCUGCAUCAGGAAGGUCACGCGAAGCCGGUGUACAGCAUAGCGUUCCAGGGCGACGGCUCGUUGGCGGUGACCGGGGGCAUGGACGCGUUCGGCCGAGUGUGGGACCUGCGGACGGGGCGCUGCGUGAUGUUCCUGGAGGGGCACCUGGGGCCGGUGCUGGGGGCGGACUGGUCGCCGGCGGGGCACCGCCUCGCCACCGCCGCGGCGGACCACCAGGCCAAGAUCUGGGACCUGAGGAAGCGGGCGCCCAUAUACACGAUACCGGCGCACACGCAUUUGGUCAGCGAGGUCCGGUACCAGCGCAGCCACGGCCACUAUCUGCUGACCAGCUCGUACGACUGCAGCGCGCGCCUCUGGUCGGACCCCGCUUGGCACCCGCUCAGGACCCUCUCCGGCCACGACAACAAGGUGAUGAGCGCGGACAUAUCGAUGGACAACAAGUACAUAGCGACCUGCUCCCACGACCGCACCUUCAAGCUGUGGGCCCCCGACCUGGCU